ACGUUUAUCUUUAUAAACCAGGAAGAAGUAGCCUACUCGGAUAUUGACGCUACACGGAAGUAGAAAUUGUGGGAUUCUAUCUCCAGGACCAGUAAAAGGAAAUCAUUGAAAACUAGCAUAUCACAUAUGUAAAGGAGCCAAAAUGGUGAACUGCUGUGGAUUGGUAACUGUCAAGAAUGAACAAGUGCCUCUGAAGAGUAUUGCUGUGGAAGUGAGUGUGCAGGGGCAUGUGGCCACCGUGAGCUCCACUCUGCAGUAUGAGAACCAGGAGCAGAGCCCUCUGGAGGCCAUCUUUGUUUUCCCUCUGCCGGGAGAGGCUGCUGUCUGCAGGUUCAGCGCAAAGAUAGGACAGACUGAGGUGGUGGCUGAGGUUCAGGAGAAACAGAAGGCACAGGAGCAGUAUGAUGACGCAUUGAGCUCUGGACAGCAGGCCUUCCUAUUGGAGGAGAGUGAUGAGAGCCCGGACGUGUUCAAGCUGAGUGUGGGUAGUCUGCCUCCAGGGGAGAAGGCCUCUGUCAGCCUGGACUAUGUGACAGAGCUGGCUGUACAGGCUGACGACGGCCUGAGGCUCUGCCUGCCCGCCGUGCUCAACCCCCGCUACCAACCCCAGGGGUCAGACAGUGGUAGUGGUGGCAGUGCCCAGGUGUCCUCGGUGCCCGCUGGUUCUGUGCCCUACAGUCUGUCCCUCAGUGCCCAUGUGUCGUCCCCUCAUCCCAUCUCUAGAGUAGAGUCCAACUGUCCCCUGGACCCACUCAACUACCUCAACACAGAGAAAACCCAAGCCACGGUCAGUCUGGCUGCAGGUCAUCAGUUUGACCGGGACGUUGAGCUGUUGUUGUAUUACCAAGACACCCAUCAGCCUACUGCUAUAGUAGAGGCAGCACAGGCUUCUGCCAAGCCAGGCUCUCUGAUGGGUGACCCAGUGGUCAUGCUGAGCUUGUACCCAGAGUUCCCCAAGGAUGUGAUGUCAUCUAUGACCUCACACGGGGAGUUCCUGUUCGUAGUGGAUCGCUCUGGCAGCAUGGAAUGCCCCAUGCACCUUGGGUCUGGGUCACAGGACCGUAUUGGCAGUGCCAGGGAUACUCUGCUGCUCUUGCUGAAAAGCCUGCCCAUGGGCUGCUACUUCAACAUCAUUGGCUUUGGGUCCAGUUAUGAGUCCUUCUUUUCAAAGAGUGUGGAGUACAGCCAGAAGACUUUGGAUGAGGCUCUGCAGAAGGUGAAAGAAAUGAGGGCUGACAUGGGAGGUACAGAGAUCCUCCAGCCUUUAAAACACAUCUACAGCCAGCCCUGCCUUCCCGACCAGCCCAGACAGCUCUUCCUGUUCACUGACGGUGAGGUGGGGAACACCAAGGAAGUCCUGGAUCUGGUGAAGACGAACGCUGGUUCUCACAGGUGUUUCUCCUUUGGGAUCGGGGAGGGGGCCAGCACUGCUCUCAUUUCUGGGGUGGCCCAGCAGGCCACAGGGCACGCACAGUUUAUCACAGGACAGGACAGGAUGCAGCCCAAAGCGAUGCAGUCUCUCCGGUUUGCCCUGCAGCCAGCUGUGGUGGACAUCUCAGUCAAAUGGAAUGUCCCAAAGGAGGUGUCUGUCACCCCUCUGUCUCCACCAAUCAGAGUGCUCUUCCAGGGUCAAAGGGCACUUCUGUAUGCCCAGCUCACUGGGGAGAGCUCAGGGGACACAGAGGGCUCGGUGACAGUGAAGUACAGCCUGGCCAAGCAGCCUGUUGAGAACCAGCUGAGCUUCAUUCUUAAGCCUGCAGAGGACACUGGAAUGACCGUCCACAGGCUGGGGGCUCGAACCCUGAUCCAAUCCCUGGAGGUGGAAGAGAGAGAGCAGGAUGGGGAGAAGGAGGGAGUGAAAGAGAAGGUGAUAGAGCUCAGCAUCCAAUCAGGAGUGAGCAGUGCCUUUACUGCCUUCAUCGCUGUCCACAAAGGAGAUGGAGAGGCCCUGCAAGGACAGCUGCUACGCAGACAAGUCGCCCACACCGAUGUUGAAUCUAAGGGGAUGUUCACUGACAGGUUUGUGCUACUUUGCCACUGUUACAUUGUUACUGUUGCGGAUUCAUUUCAUUUGAACAAACAAUACAAGAUUGGGAUUUUAGCAGUAGUGUGGGUAAGGUACUUGAGCGCGAUAUGAAACUAUCUGAACUCGAUGACCAAGCUGAUCAGCUUAUGUGCUCUACGUCAGAGUUUGAGGUCGGCACAAAGAAUAAGCGUAAGAUGCGAAAAAGAAACAGUAUGUCUGCUAAGAAGAAGGCCAAAGGUUCGCUCGCCUCUAGGGUGAAGGGAUUCUUCUCUAAACAACGUGCUUGUGAAGUAUUGGAAUGUGACGAAGACAGUGAUGAAGAAGACUUUGACUCUCCAGCCCCAACCUCUAAGCCUGUGAGGGACCCUCUCCUCCAGCUGAUCUCCCUUCAGAAGGCCUCUGGUUCCUGGGUCCUGGAGGCAGCGUUGGCUGAGGUGCUGGCGAAGACUGAGGAGGAGGUGUCCAAGCCAAAGCCUGCACAG